AUGUCAACAGAAGAAAAAAAGGAGGAGACUAGCACUCCAGUUGAGGAAACCCCUAUCAAGGAGGACCCAUCAAAGAGGACCAAGGUGUAUUUUGACAUCACGAUUGGAGGCGAGAAGGCAGGAAGAAUCGCAAUGGAAUUAUUCGAUGAUAUAGUUCCAAAGACUGCGGAGAACUUCAAAGAACUCAGCACAGGAGAGAAGGGAUUCGGAUACAAGGGAUGCACAUUCCAUAGGGUGAUCAAGAGCUUCAUGAUCCAAGGUGGAGACUUCACGAAUCACAAUGGAACAGGUGGAAAGUCGAUCUAUGGUGAAAAGUUCGAGGAUGAGAACUUCCAGCUGAAACACGACAAACCAUUUCUUCUCUCGAUGGCCAAUGCCGGGAAGAACACCAACGGUUCGCAGUUCUUCAUUACGACUGUGCCCACUCCACAUUUGAACGGCAAGCAUGUCGUCUUUGGUCACGUGAUAGCAGGAAAGUCGGUUGUUCGUAAAAUUGAGCGCCAGGAAACGGAUAAAUCCGACAAGCCUUUGCAGGAUUGCGUGAUUUCAGAUUGCGGAUUGCUCAAGGAGGGUGAUCCGGUUGCUUUUGUUGAUGAGACCGGUGAUAAGUACGAGGAUUCUCUUGAAGAUGAGUCCUCAGUUGACAAAAAGGACCCGCAGAGUGUUUUUUCGGCCGUCAAGACAAUCAAGCAGUACGGGACAGAUAGCUACAAGAAGGGAAACUUGAAGCUGGCCCUUGAGAAGUAUGAGAAGGCGGCCAGAUACUUGGAGAGCUUCCUUCCAGACGAUAUGCCAAAGGAGAAGAUCACGGAAUUGUGGCAGUUGAAGGCCUCGUGCUACCUAAACUGUUCUUUGAUGGCGUUGAAGUCGAAGGAUGCGAAAAGUGUGCUCAAAUUCUCGAAGAAGGCGCUUGAAUGUGAGCAGCUUACGGAGAAAUCAAAGGCUAAGGCUUUGUACAGAAGAGCUAUGGGACAUCUUCUUGGUCAUAAUGAAGAAGAUGCAAUUACAGACUUCGAGGCAGCAAAGAAGAUGUGUCCGGGUGAUGCGGGUGUGUCUAGAGGUUUGUUGAAGGCCAAGCAGGGUUUAAAAGCCAGAAGAGAGAAGGAAAGAGCUGCUUUCAGCAAGGCUUUCCAGUGA